AUGCACUUCACCACCACUUUCGCUGCUGUCGCACUGCUGGGAACUGCUUCCGCACUCCCUGGCAAAUUCCAGUUCGAGAAGCGCUCGGUCUCUGACUGUGACGCCGCCUACAAUGCUUGCCGUACCAAGUAUGAGGCCAACAUGUCUACUUGCGCCUCUGAAUACGCAUCCUGUCUUGGAUACAACCCUUUCACCGCUGCCGCCUCGCACACUGCACCUUUCCCCAUUGACUCUACUUACCUCUACGGACCUACUGGCUCCGUAAACACCAUGACUGGUGCGGUUGGAACUGGCCCAAUUGGAACUGGCUCCGUCAACCCUCCUACCAGCUCUUCGGUUAUUGUCAAGCCUACAAGCACUGCUACAGAUGGAAGCACGGUCACUAAGACUUACACCAUUCCUGUUGAGGUCACUUCCACCAUCACUUCUUUCGUCCCUUGCUCGACUCCUGUCAUGUCCAACAGCGAGACCACGUUCUUCAGCACCUGGCUCACCGUGACUUACCUGACAACAACAUACCAGACCGUCACUACAAGCUGCGAGACCAUCUAUCCCAGCUCUACUGAGCCCACCUCGAUCCAGGCUUCUGCUACUACCUACCCUGGUAACACUGUUACUGGACAGGCUUCUGGCACUUGCCCCGGUCCUGAAACUGUCUACGAGACUGUGGUCUCUUACGUGACCGUGUAUGGCGGCGAUGCAACCAAGAGCGGUGCCCCUGCCACCAACACUCCCAUCCAGCCCGGUUCCACCCUCAGCUGGUCUCACACUGGCUCUGCCAGCGGUAUGGCCAAGCCUACUGGUUGGGUCAAGCCUUCCGGCUAUGCUAAGCCUUCAGGUCACUAA